AUGGUUAAAAACCAGCCAUCCGUCACCACAGGCAAUGUUGCCUCCUCUUCCGAACCUUCUCCACGCGGCAGCAACGAAAAGAAGCACCCCAACGGUCAUAGUAAUGAAAAGUCCGGCCUCGUCGACGCCACCGCCGCCGCCCCCGAUAUCGAAACGGGCUCGACAGGCGAGGGUUUAAGCCGUGACCUUCAUGGUCGUCAUCUCCAAUUUAUUGCCAUCGGCGCUGCCCUGGGAACAGGCCUUUUCCUUGGUAUCGGUGCAAGCCUGGCACAUGCUGGUCCCGGCUCGCUGCUCAUUGCCUUCGUUUUCGUCGGUGCCAUCGUCUACUCUGUCAUGGUCGCUCUUGGUGAAAUCGCCACGUUCCUCCCCGUUGCCGGUAGCUUCACCGUAUACGCUGGCCGUUUUGUUGAUCCCUCUCUCGGCUUCUCCAUGGGCUGGAUUUACGCCUUCAGCUGGGCCAUCACCUUUGGCUUGGAACUGACGGCCGCUGGCCUGAUUAUCCAGUACUGGAGUGCGACUCUCAGCAUUGCCAUUUGGAUCGGCGUCUUUUGGUUCAUCUUCACCGCUGCCAACUUCUUGCCAAUCCGAUGGUUCGGAGAAUUCGAAAUGUACCUGUCCAGUAUCAAAGUCGUCACCGUCGUCGGCUUUGUUAUCUUCUCCAUCUGCGUCAACGCUGGAGUUGGCAAGGAGGGGUAUAUCGGCUUCCAGUACUGGCGCGAGCCGGGUGCUUUUGCCGAGUACACUGUCACUGGUAGCCCCGGCCAGUUUGUGGCUUUUUGGGCCACCCUCAUCACUGCAGGCUUCAGUUUCCAGGGCACAGAGCUGGUUGCUGUCGGCGCUGGCGAGACCGCCAACCCCCGCAAGACGAUUCCCUCCGCCAUUCGAUGGACAUUUUGGGGCAUCUUCGGCCUCUUCAUCUCCACUGUCUUCUUUGUCGGUCUCAACGUCCCAUACAAUGAUGAGAGACUGUCUAGCGACAGGACGGAUGCUAGUGCCUCACCGCUGGUCCUGGUUGCCAUACGCGCCGGUGUGCGAGUUUUGCCUGACAUCAUAAAUGCUGUCCUGCUAACUGCCGUACUGUCCGCCGCCAACUCGGACCUCUACUCGAGCAGUCGUAUUCUCAUCGGCCUUGCCGAAGAUGGCCAUGCGCCCAAGUUCUUCAAACGCACCAAUAACUGGGGAACACCAUAUUAUUCCGUCGCAUUCUGCAGUCUGUUCGGUUUCCUUGGCUUUCUCAACCUAAGCCAGAAUGGCACCACUGUCUUUACCUGGUUGCUCAACAUCACCUCGGUCGCAGGCUUCAUCACUUGGGCACUCAUCAAUUACUGCCAUAUUCGAUUCAUGCAGGCCCUCAAGGCGCAGAACAUUGACCGCAACUCCCUGCCAUAUGUUGCGCCAUUUCAGCCAUACCUCUCGUGGUUUGGUCUUUUCUUCAACGUGUUGAUCAUUAUCACCAGUGGUUUCACGGUAUUCAUGAAGUGGAACACGAGCAAUUUUUUCGCUGCAUAUGUCAGCCUGCUCAUCUUUGUGGUGUGUUACGUCGUGCAUAAGCUGGUAUACCGCACCAAGGUGGUGCCAUUGAGUGAGGUCGACUUGGUCAAGGGUCGAUCGCAGUAG